AUGGUCAAGGCCGCGCGUUGCAAGCUCCUCCUCCUCCUCCACAUUCACGCCAGCUGCACCUGCUUCCUCCUCUGCUACCACCAAGCUGUAGCAGGAGCCGCUGCCUCACCCUUAACCUUCAACUUCGACUUCUCCAACGGCUCCACCUACCGCUCAAGCGACCUCCUGUUCGAGGGCAGCACGAGCCUCAACGGCGGGCUGGUCGACCUCACCUGUAACAACUCACCGGGCCAGUCCAUGAGGAACUGCACGGGCCGGAUGUCGUACAACCACCCGGUGCCGUUCUACGACACCGCCGCCCGCGAGGUGGCCAGCUUCUCCACGCGGUUCAGCUUCGAGAUCAAGGCCCUCAGCAACCGCACCGGCGACGGCAUGGCUUUUUUCCUCUCCAGCUACCCGUCCAAGCUGCCGCCGAGCUCCGCCGGGGGCAACCUCGGCCUCCAUGCCGGCGACGGGAUAAACGCCAAGGGCGCAGACCGGAUCGUCGCCGUCGAGUUCGACACCUUCAGAAACCGAUUGUUUGACCCCUCACCCAAUCACAUUGGCAUCGACAUCAACACUGUCAAGGCGUCCGUUAACACCACAACCUUGCCCAACUUCAGCCUCAACGGCUCCAUGACGGCGGCCAUCACUUUCAACGGCACCACUCGCAUGCUGCUGGCCUCUCUACACUUUGAUGGCAAUCCUUCUCUUGACCCUGUGCAAGUCAGUACGCAGCUACCCGAUCCCGUCACGGACUUGCUCCCAUCGGAAGUGGCGGUUGGGUUUUCUGCGGCCACCGGCGACCGGGUCGAGCUCCAUCGGAUUAUCUCCUGGUCCUUCAACUCAACACUUGCUCACAAAGAAAAAAAGAUGUUGGUUAUUGUUGGAACCGUUGGUUCUAUCGGUGUCCUGGUAAUUGUAUCGCUCCUGGUUUGGUUCAUUCUAGCAUGGUUUAAGUGGAGGCGCACACGUGAUUCCUUUGCGAGGGGAAUUUUUGGCCUUAGGAGAUUUGAGUACGGCGAUUUGGUCAGCGCAACAGGAAGAUUCUCUAAGGACAACACACUUGGAACGGGUAACUUCGGCAUAGUAUAUAAGGGGAGCUACACUGAUGAAAACGGCAAUCAAGAGGUGGCUGUGAAGGAAAUAAAGAAGACUACAGAAGUACUCCGGGAUUUCAUGGCUGAACUCAAGACAAUUAGUGCAACGAGACACGUGAAUCUAGUCGAGCUGAAAGGCUGGUGCUGCAGCAGAAACGGAUGGAACUUGGUCGAUUUUAUGUGUUGGUACAGGCAACAAAGGGUUAAACUCUUUCUUGUCUAUGAAUUGGUGCCUAACGGCACCCUCGAGGACCACCUACACAGCCAAGAGCGAAUUCUACCAUGGGAAAAAAGGUAUAAAAUAGUUAAGGACAUAGGAUCUGCACUUCGUUAUCUGCACCACGAAUGCAAUAAAACCAUCUUACAUAGAGAUAUUAAGCCAGGCAAUGUACUACUUGAUUAUGAUUUCAACGCCAAGCUAGCUGACUUCGGGCUAUCGAGGAUUAUCGCUAGCAAAACCAAUACAACACUGGUUACAACAGCUGUAGGGACAGUUAGAUACAUGGACCCAGAGCGCAUGAAACAUGGGAGACUCAAAUUCAACCGUAAAUACGACGUCUACAGCUUUGGAAUCGUCCUACUAGAGAUUGCAUGCACAGACAAGUCUAGAGAACAAGUCCGGGAGUUAUACAGGCGAAGAGCUGCAGAACCCGAGGUGAUGGAAGAUGCCGCUGACGGUAGAUUAUGUGGUGUCUUUGACAGGACAGAGAUGGAGCGAGUAAUUUCCUUGGGCCUCAUGUGCUCUCAUCAAAAUGGGAAAGACCGUCCUUACAUGGUGGAUGCGAUGAAGUUCUUGGAGGAUGGUAUAGAGUUGCCCGCUAUAACCGAAAUAGAGGGCACAGGUGCAUCUGAGCCAUUAUGA